AUGUCUACCCAACAGGCAGCACCAGUUGAAGCUCAGGCACAAGCUCCACAAGAGCAGCAACAGCUCCGCGGUGAGAUGCGCGGCCGUCGUGAAGGCCGUGGUCCACGCGGUCCACGCGCUCCACGUGGUCAACAGAAGGGCGGAUGGCAGCCACGCACAAAGCUCGGCCGUCUCGUCAAGUCCGGCAAGAUAAAAUCUAUCGAGGAAAUCUUCUACCACGCUAUCCCAAUCAAGGAAGCUGAAAUCGUCGAGCAUCUCCUCGGAGAAGAUCUUAAGGACGAAAUCAUGAAGAUCAUGCCAGUCCAGAAGCAGACACGUGCUGGUCAGCGUACCCGCUUUAAAGCUAUUGCCGCUGUCGGUGAUGGCAAGGGCCAUAUCGGUCUCGGCAUCAAGACAGCUGCUGAAGUUGCCAACGCUAUCAAGGGCGCUACAAUCUACGCUAAGCUCUCCAUCCUUCCAGUUCGCCGUGGCUAUUGGGGCAACAAGAUCGGUCUUCCACAUACAGUUCCAAACACAGUCACAGGCAAGUGCGGCUCCAUCCGUAUGCGCUUAAUCCCAGCUCCACGUGGUUCUGGCAUCGUCGCUGGUACAGCAGCUAAGAAGCUCCUCACAAUGGCUGGCUUCGAGGAUCUCUUCACAUCCUCUCUUGGCCACACCAAGACAACAUUCAACUUCCUUGUUGCUACAUACAAGGCCAUGGAAGAGACAUUCAAGUUCCUCACACCAGACCAGUGGGAGGACCGCGCUUUCGAAGAGCACCCAUUCGUCAAGAACUCCGACUGGCUCCACGGAAAGAAGAAAGUUGACGCUGAAGAGUAA